AUGGACACGUUUGAUUCCAACCAGCUGAGCGGCGGUAUGGAGCGCGAGGAUGGACGCCCGCGGAUAUCGAAAUGGCUGGUGCUCGGUGGUGCCACCGGGAGGCUAAGCAUCGACAUUCAAAUCCUCACCCUACCCGCACACUCAGGGCAACGUAUGCACCCGAUAAGGCAAGGUCCCUGUCAGUUCUUGAAGACACAGGACCUGAAUAAGCUGCUGGAUGUCUUUCGCUACCAGACAGAUGAAGAUUUUAUAUCCGCCUUUCGGCGUCAAAUGGACCGGGAACUUAUGACAGGGCAGCUUAUGAUGGGCUUCGACGAUAGCGGUAUAUGGCCGCUUGAAGAAUCCAGAGUGCUUGACUAUCUGCCUAGGCCUGCCAACCCUUGA